UUAUUGUUUCUGUAUUAAAAACUAUGACUGUUUGAUUUUUCGUCAAAAACUAUUUGAAAUGAACUCAAGUUCGAAAUCUGCUCAUUUUUUACUCGAAAUAUUAACUUCAGAGAAGUGUCACCUGUAUCACUGAUAUCCGCUUCGCAGGAGUACAUUAUCUUUGCUUUAAUGGGGGUGGCUCAUGGCGGCGACAAAGGGGUUAUUGUAGAGAGAAAAUUAGCAAGGGAUAUUGCCAUGAGUAAUUACUUUUCCUUUUAGUUUGACCAACACUUAAGUGCUCUGGAAUGUGUAAGGGCGAUUGACAAAGUAUCCUCCCAGAAAGACGUUAGGAAGGUUUGGAGCAGUGGGCAGGUUGUAAUUGAGUUGGGGUAGUCAAGUGUCAUCAUGUCAGACGACGAAGACAAGCCUCCGGCGCCUCCUGUGCGUCUGACAAGUAACCGGGGAGACUCCACUCCAAAUUUACCGGUGGACAUGCGACCCCUCCCCAAAGAACCUGACUCAGAUGACAGGAAGAAGAAAAUGUUAAAAGGAAAGAUGAAGAAAGCAGUAUUGAAAGAGUCAGAAAAACCCAACAUUUCAUACCCCACCAAUUUUGAACAUACUGUGCAUGUUGGGUUUGAUGCUGUGACAGGCGAGUUCACGAACUUAUUGAAGACCAAUAAUGGAUAUCCAGAUAAACCUCUCGUCGUGUACGACAUGUUUCACGUUAAGGGCAUGCCGGAGGCGUGGGCUCGCCUGCUUAUGAGCUCCAACAUCAGCAAGCAGGAGCAGAAGAAGAACCCUCAGGCUGUGCUAGAUGUACUCAACUGGUUCGACUCGUCCAGCAAGGAGACGAAGGGCUCCAAGUAUAUGACCACCACCAAGAUGGUCGCGGACGGCACCGGCGCCCCGCCGCCCGUGGAGCUGGCGGCGGCGCCGCCGUCGGCGCUGGCCAGCCCGCGGCCGGCGCUGCGCCACCAGGCCGGCGCCGCCACCAGCUCGGGCUCCAGCCACAGCCAGCGCAGCCUCAGCCAGCCCUCGUCCAGCAGCCCGUCGUCCACCACGCCCGACACGGAGGGCGGCGGCAACGUCACCUCCGCGCCCACCUCGUCCGAGGUGGAGGAGGAGCCGCCGCCGCCGCCCAUCGCCGCGCGCCCCGAGCGCACCAAGUCCAUCUGGAUCGCCAGCGCCAGCGACUUCUACGGCGUGUGGGCUCUUCAGGCCGUCACGUGGGCCGAUUCCUCCUCGAACUACACAAAACCCAUUGAAGAGGAGGUGCCAACGCCCACACCCCAGAGCCGGACAACAACAACAACAGUUGUGGCAACAGCCCUGGGUACGGGUACAGGUGUUGCAACAUCUCCUAGUGCUACUGCAAAUGGCACUCUCGACAAGAACCGCAACCAUAACCAUGGCAGCACGGCUGGAGUUGGCGUGGUGGGUGCGGGUGGUGGUGCAGGGGGUGAUGCGCGCACUCCUUCUGACAAGGCACGGAAAAAGAAAAUGUCAGACGAGGAGAUCUUGGAGCGGUUACGCACCAUAGUGAGUGUUGGUGAUCCCAAUCGCAAAUACACCAAGAUGGAAAAGAUAGGUCAAGGGGCUUCAGGAACUGUAUAUACUGCCAUAGAGACGUCCACUGGCAUGGAGGUAGCUAUCAAACAAAUGAACCUGUCACAGCAACCGAAGAAAGAGUUAAUUAUUAAUGAAAUUUUAGUAAUGCGGGAGAACAAGCAUGCUAAUGUUGUUAACUAUUUAGACAGCUACCUUGUUGGUGAAGAGUUGUGGGUUGUGAUGGAGUAUCUUCCUGGCGGAUCACUUACUGAUGUUGUUACAGAAACGUGCAUGGAUGAGGGUCAGAUAGCAUCUGUAUGUCGUGAGGUGCUCCAAGCUCUUGAGUUCCUUCAUUGUAAUCAGGUCAUUCAUCGUGAUAUCAAAUCAGACAACAUUCUUUUGGGUCUGGAUGGCAGUGUCAAGCUGACGGACUUCGGUUUCUGUGCGCAAAUAUCUCCAGAGCAGUCAAAGCGCACUACCAUGGUUGGUACACCAUAUUGGAUGGCACCGGAAGUGGUAACACGGAAGCAGUAUGGACCUAAAGUUGACAUCUGGUCUCUUGGUAUCAUGGCAAUCGAGAUGAUAGAAGGAGAGCCACCGUACCUCAACGAAAAUCCACUUCGGGCGCUGUACUUGAUAGCUACCAAUGGAAAACCUGAGAUCAAGGAGAAAGAGAAGUUGUCCCAAAUCUUCCAGGAUUUCCUGGACCAGUGCCUAGAAGUGGAGGUGGAGAGGCGUGCCACUGCUUCUGAACUGCUCAAGCACCCGUUCCUGAAGCUGGCACGACCAUUGGCAAGUCUCACCCCACUCAUAAUGGCUGCCAAAGAAGCAGCUAAGAACCACUAGUGUCGGUAGAGCAGACUGGCUUCUGCAGUGGUGGUUGGAACCAUCACUGGACCUUAGUGGUGCUCAUAUGGCCAGCCCUCUUCCUGACUGUCCCAACGCAAUUAAAUGGUUUGAUUGGCGUUUACUCUGUUCUCUUUGAAAGAGACUGGCUGUUCACAUUCCUGCAUCUGUGGGCAGGUUGCAGAUACCUGCAAGGGGGGAAAUGUCGGGGAAGUUGGUGCAAGGGGGAGUGUUUCCUGGCAUCUAGAGAACACCCCUUGAAGAUUGCAGAAAGAAGUUGGAGUGUGCUGUUGUGAAGUGCAGGUGCUCUGACUGGCCCAGCUUCCAGUCUGCAGCAAGAUGCAGACAGUCUCACAGUUUAGAUGUGUGCCUCUAAGUAAUUAUUAAUACAGAUAAUAAUGAACUCUUAAGCCCUAGCACGAAUUAAAAAAUAAGAAGCUGUAUCAUAAUUAGUUAACCAACUCCAAUUUCAUUGUAAAUCUUUCAAAACAUGAAUGAAGAUUAAGUAAAAGAUAUAGAGAUUCCUUUCUUAAGAAAAUAGUUUAUAAAAUUCAACUACAAAAAAAUUGUACAUAAUUGCAGCAGUAUUUUUUGUCAUUAGUUCUCCAUUAAUUCAGUGCCUGAUGACUGUUUCUAGGCCUGGACGGAAAAAGAUGGUAGUGAGAUAUUUCUUCUUUUUUUUUAAAAAAAAAAAGCAUACUAUAAUUCCUUUUAUUAUUAUUUUUACUGCCUUUUUAAAAUAAUUGUUUCCUGUGAUGGCUUGUGUGUGGUGGUGCUCAAAUUUAUGUGGCACUCGUUGUCGGCCUGGCCAGCACUUGCAAACUUCCAUGGAGUUAUCUGGCAAAUUCAGAUGUUAGUAGUUGUGCUUUACCUCUUCAGUCUUGUUGAAGAUUUAACUACUACACAUUUAACUCUUUUUAAUAGCUUUAUAGCAGCUCUGGACACUUGACUUGUUUAUAUAUUAUGAUAUUUUAUUAGAAUUGAUAGUUGCUAGUGUUAAACAUUUUAUUUAUUGUGGAUAGAGCAUAUUGCUAGAAACAAGACUAUCUGGUAGAUUGAAGAAUCUGCGUGUGAUAAGCUGUGGCUGUCUUGUCUGACCUUGCUUCGGACAGACACAUGAUUAGGUCAGUAGAUGCAUUAUUGUGAUCAUAGCUGGUUUCAUGAUAUGAAACUAUGAGCUAACACUGCCUUUUGUGGGGCUAGCUUGCCCAAGGGUCAGGUCGGCUAACCUGCUGGAAUGCAGGAUGACGAGGCCACAAGUCACCCCUCUGUACUCUACGUUGAGUGAUUUGGGCUUUUUAUAUAAAUAUUAUAUAUUUAAAAUGGAAAAACUUUGCAAGUAUUCUUAUGUGAUCAAACCACUGUUUGUUUGUUUUUGUGAAUGAAUGAGCUAGCGUGAUUGUUUCUUACCAAAAUGAUUUCAUUGUUACAAAAAAGUAUUGAUGGAUUGUAUCUCAGUUUUGUAAGCACAUUAAGUAAAAAAACGAGGUUGCUGAAUUUAUUGUAAUUAUUGAAUGUGAAUAUCCUUAACU